UCUCUCCCUCUCUCUCAUCCACUCUCUCUCUCGUUCUCUCUUUCCCUGUCUUUCUCUCUCCCACUGUCUUCCUGCUCGGACCAUGGAACCCAACAGUCCCAAGAAGAUCCAGUUUGCGGUUCCGCCUCUACAGAACCACCUAGACCCACAAGCUGCAGAACAUAUCAGGAGGAGAAGACCUACACCAGCCACUCUGGUCAUUUACAGCGACCCUUCAGCAGCAGAAGCUGAUGACAAGCGGACGACGAGCAAUCCAGGAGAGGCCCCGGAUGCAGAGCCAGCCCCUCCACAGGUGGAUCUGAGGGGCUACGCCCCGCCCACCAUGAGAGAGCUGCAGCUGGUCAUGGAGCAGCACCUUCAGAAGAAGGAAGACGUGGAGGCAGGGCCAAGUGAAGGCAUGGAACCCUCGAGUCCAAUCACGGAGCAGUAUUGCCCCAAUAUUGGCCAAUGGACCAAUUACAGCAGCCCGCAGAACAAUGGGAAUGAGGGCUACACAAGUUCACUUCAUAGUGCGGAGGAGAGCAUGGAAAGCAGCUCCACAGGGGGAGAUUCGUCAGCAUCGGCGUUCCAGCAGGGAACGCUGUCCAGUCCAUCGUCCAUCUCUCGAUAGCCAGAGUACCCUGAGGAGCUUUCCUCUGGCCUGCAGCUGUCCUUCACCCACCAACAUGCAUCUCACACCAUAAGCCGCCAUCGCCGCCUCCAUUCUUACCCACAGUUCAGCAAUAGUUUUCUCGCUAUAUGCCGUGUUGGUAUUUAUUAUAUAAAAUUAGAUUUUUAUCUAUGGUUUGUUUUGAUGGGAGAUGGCAUGGUGAUUUUCAUAAUGGUCUUUUUAGAUAAAGAAUACUUGUAUAAUUUCCAAUGGUUUGUCUAAGUUUGGCCUUGUUAAAGCAUAUAAUCCACCUGUAUAAUGUGUCAAAGUGAA